GCCUCCUCUCCUGCUGCUCUGAAGGCCGGGAGGGCUGCACCUGCACCUCCCACACCACCCCUCCUCCACCAUCCCACCCCCACUACCCAUCAACAUCAUCACCACCACUGCUACCACCAGCAUCAGCAGCAGAAGCACCACCACCACCGCCCAUCCUUCCCUCCCUCCACUCUGCCCUAACGGGCAAAUCCGGCCGGAUCGGCCCCGAGUUACACCCACCGUGCCACACCUCCCAGCCGACCCUGGCAUCUACCUGCCAACCGACCUGCCUACCCACCUGCUUUGCCUGCCAACUACCAUUCAAGCCGCAGCGUGGAGGCCUGGAUUAGAGAUCCAGAGAGAGAGAGGAGGGGAGAGAGAGUGCGAGGGAGGGUGGUCUGACUCUCGCAAGGAGCCCUACACGAGACGCGCGGACAUCGCACAGCUCGUAGCCUGGAGACGACGGUGACGCGAGGCUGCGCGCAACCAAAAGGAGGAGAGCGAGCAGCAGGAGAAGAAUUUGAAGAAGGACACAGACGGACAGACAGAGAGACUCAAGAGAGACACGGAGGGAGGCUGGGGGAGAGACACCAAGGCAUGGCGGCGGCCGAGGCUGCCGCUGCUGCCGCCGCCGCUGGCGGCCUCGCGCCGGCGCUGCCGCUGCGCAACAUGCGGAUGAAAUUCGGUGUCCUCAUUGGGCUUAUCCAGGUUGGAGAGGUGUCCACCCGCGACAUCGUGGAGACCGUGCUCAACCUGCUCGUCGGCGGAGAGUUUGACCUGGAGAUCAACUUCAUCAUCCAGGACGUGGAGGGCGUGGGCUGCAUGGUGGAGCUGCUGGAGCACUGCGAUGCCACGUGCCAGGCCGAGAUCUGGAGCAUGUUCACCGCCAUCCUCCGGAAGAGCGUGCGCAACCUGCAGGCGUGCACCGAGGUGGGCCUCAUCGAGCUGGUGCUGCGCCGACUCGCCUCCACCGACGACAUGAUCGCAGACCUGCUGGUGGACAUGCUGGGCGUGCUGGCGAGCUACAGCAUCACCGUGCGGGAGCUGAAGCUGCUCUUCAGCAUGCUGCACGGGCACGACGGAGUCUGGCCGCGCCACGCCAUCAAGCUGCUCACGGUGCUCACGCAGAUGACGCAACGUCAGGGCCCGGAUACCUUCUUCAACUUCCCCGGCCGCAGCGCUGCCGCGAUCGCCCUGCCACCCAUUGCCAAGUGGCCCUACCAGAAUGGCUUCACCUUCAAUACGUGGUUUCGCAUGGACCCGCUCAACAACAUCAACGUGGACAAAGACAAGCCUUACCUGUACUGCUUCAGGACAAGUAAGGGCGUGGGUUACUCGGCCCACUUCGUCGGGAACUGCCUCAUCGUCACAUCGCUCAAAUCCAAAGGGAAGGGCUUCCAGCACUGUGUCAAGUAUGACUUCCAGCCCAGAAAGAGGUUUAAAGCUGCCGGUGCUGCAACUGAAAAUUUGUGGUACAUGGUAACCAUCGUUCACGUGUACAACCGCUGGCGGAACAGCGAGAUCCGCUGCUACGUCAAUGGGCAGCUCGUCUCCUACGGAGACAUGGCUUGGCACGUCAACGCCAACGACACCUUCGACAAAUGCUUCCUGGGAUCAUCAGAGACGGCCGAUGCGAACCGGGUCUUCUGCGGGCAGCUGGGCGCUGUGUUUGUGUUCAGCGAGGCGCUCAACCCAGCACAGAUAUUUGCCAUCCACCAGCUGGGGCCCGGGUACAAGAGCACUUUCAAGUUCAAAUCCGAGAGCGACAUCCUGCUGGCUGAGCAUCACAAGCAGGUGCUGUACGACGGCAAGCUGGCCAGCAGCAUCGUGUUCACCUACAACCCCACGGCCACCGACGCACAGCUCUGCCUGGAGUCAUCCCCUCGGGACAACGCCUCCAUCUUCGUGCACUCCCCCCACGCGCUCAUGCUGCAGGAUGUCAAGGCCAUCAUCACCUACUCGAUCCACAGCGCCAUCCACUCCAUUGGCGGAGUACAGGUCCUCUUCCCACUCUUCGCUCAGCUCGACUACCGGCAGCACAGCGAGGAGCACACGGACACCACAGUCUGCGGUACCCUGCUGGCAUUUCUGCUGGACCUGCUCAAGAGCUCUGUGGCCAUGCAAGAACAGAUGCUGGCCAGCAAAGGCUUCUUGGUCAUCGGAUACCUGCUUGAGAAGUCCUCAAGGGCCCACGUGUCGCGCGCAGUGCUCGAGCACUUCCUGUCGUUCGCCAAGUACCUGGACGCGCUGCCCCACGGCGCCCCCAUGCUCAAGCAGCUGUGCGACCACGUGCUCUUCAACCCCGCCAUCUGGAUACACACGCCGGCUAAGGUGCAGCUGUCCCUGUACACGUACCUGUCAACGGAGUUCAUCGGCACGGCCACCAUCUACAGCACCAUCCGCCGAGUGAGCACCGUGCUGCAGCUCAUGCACACCCUCAAGUACUACUACUGGGUGGUCAACCCCACCGACCGCAGUGGCAUCCAGCCCAAGGGCCUCGACGGUCCUCGGCCUACCCAGAAGGAGGUGGUGUCACUCCGAGCCUUCAUGCUGCUGUUCCUGAAGCAACUCAUUCUCAAGGAUCGGGGAGUCAAGGACGACGAACUACAAAGCAUUCUCAACUACCUGCUCACCAUGCACGAGACAAGCAGAAAGAGCUGCAAGGAUGAAAACCUGCACGAUGUCCUGCAGCUUCUGGUUGCCCUCAUGUCGGAGCACCCUGCCUCCAUGAUCCCAGCCUUCGACCAGCGCAACGGCAUCCGGGUUGUGUACAAGCUGCUGGCCUCCAAAAGUGAGAGCAUCCGCGUUCAGGCCCUCAAGGUCCUGGGCUACUUCCUCAAGCACCUGGCCCACAAGCGCAAAGUUGAAAUCAUGCACACGCACAGCCUGUUUGCACUGCUGGGGGAGAGACUGAUGCUCAACACGAACACGCUCUCCAUGACCACCUACAACACCCUCUUCGAGAUCCUCACAGAGCAGGUGUGCACCCAGGUGGUUCACAAGCAGCACCCGGAACCCGACUCGUCUGUCAAGAUUCAAAAUCCGAUGAUCCUGAAGGUGGUGGCCACGCUGCUGAAGAGCUCGGCGCCCAGUGCAGAGCUUAUGGAGGUGCGGCAGGCGUUCCUCUCCGACAUGAUCAAGCUGUUCAACAAUAGCCGAGAGAACCGCCGGUGCCUGCUGCAGUGCUCCGUGUGGCAGGACUGGAUGUUCUCGCUCGGCUAUAUCAACCCGCGCAGCAGCGAGGAGCAGAAGGUUACGGAAAUGGUGUACUCCAUCUUUCGCAUCCUCCUCUACCACGCCAUCAAGUACGAGUGGGGUGGCUGGCGCGUCUGGGUCGACACGCUAUCAAUUGCCCACUCCAAGGUGACCUACGAGGCGCACCGCGAGUACCUGGCCAAGAUGUACGAGGAGUACCAGCGGCAGGAGGAGGAGAACAUCAAGCGCGGCAACAAGGGCACGGUGAGCACCAUCUCGGGCCUGUCGGCCGCCCAGCUGCGCAGCGCGCUCGACGGCCCGCAGCUGCGCGAGCUGGAGGAAGGGGCCGACGCGCGCGCGCACAGCCCCUCGGACGGCGAGGUCGACCUCCGGCCACCCCCCGUCGAGGUGCACAACUUCCUGGCGGAGAGCGAGACGGCCUCGGUGGGGGCGGCCAUCGUGGCCGUGGGUGUGGCCCAGAGCCGAGGGGCGGUGCAGGCCGUGAGCAGCGGCACGCAGGAGCUGCAGGACCUGCUCGGGGGCGGGGAUGACCUGCGUGCCGAGAAGGUGGAGGCCACGGAGGUGAAGAUGGAUGAGGCGGAUCUGACGCCAGAGACGCCCAUGGCCGGCAUCCUCCUGCCCAAUUCGAUGCUCAACGACAUCGACGCGCCGGCUCCUCGGCCGCCUUCCUCCUCGGCGGUGGACGGCAACGACAUCUGCAAGCUGGACGAGCUGGGCGAGUCUACCCUCACCACGAUGGUGCAGGGCUCAAGCGACCUGCUGAUCCCUGGCGAGUUUUUGGUAGAGAAAAGAACAUCUGAAUUCCCCUGCAUCCCUCCCCCCGACAGCACGAGCUCAGACUUGAAAAUCCUCGACUCUGAGCCGGACCCGCCGCUCAUUGACACCGAUGAGAUCUUGGAGGGUCCCCUCAGCACCAUAAGCCCCAGCUCCGACCUGAAGCCUCCGGAGGAGUUUGACCAGCAGCUGGGGGCGGUGGCUGAUGUCACCAAGCAGGCGUCGCUGUCCUCUGAUGCAGGGGUGGAGUGUGCAGAUGUGGAAGUCGGUGCCGUGAAGGCCAUCUCCAACCUGGACGCUGCCAGCGUCACGUCGGACGCCGAGAAGUCCGACGAUGGGAAGGAGGUCGGGAAGGAGCUCCGGAAAAUACAGACGACCUCCACCCAGUCGAUGCAGCAGGGCAAGGCGGGCCUGGUGAAGGAGCGGGAUCUAGGCGUGGACCUGGGAUUUCGCGGGAUGCCCAUGACAGAGGAGCAGCGUCGCCAGUUCAGCCCAGGACCCCGCACCACCAUGUUCCGCAUCCCAGAGUUCAAAUGGUCGGCCAUGCACCAGCGCCUGCUCAACGACCUACUCUUUGCCCUGGAGACAGACAUUCACAUCUGGAGGAGCCACACGACGAAGACAAUCAUGGACUUCGUCAACAGCAACGAGAACAUCAUCUUUGUGCACAACACCAUUCACCUCAUUUCCCAAAUGGUGGAUAACAUUAUCAUCGCCUGUGGGGGCAUUCUGCCCCUGCUGUCUGCUGCAACUUCCCCUUCGGGCGAGGUGGAGAGCAUGGAGCCGACGCAGGGCAUGUCGGUGGAGACGGCCGUGGGCUUCCUGCAGCGCCUUAUGGCCAUGGUGGACGUGCUGGUGCUCGCCUCCUCGCUGAACUUCAGCGAGAUCGAGGCCGAGAAAAACAUGUCCUCCGGGGGUCUCCUGCGUCAAUGUCUGCGGCUCAUCUGCUGCGUGGCCGUGCGGAACUGCCUGGACUGCCGGUCGCGGCAGCGCGGUCGUGGUGGCCUCACCCGGACCAAGUCGCAGGAGACGGUGCACAGCCUCGUGGGCACGGCCCAGAGCUCGCUCAAGAGCCCAGUGGAGAGCAGCUGCAUCUCCCCGGUGAAGGACACGGACCGAUUGCUGCAGGAUGUCGAUAUUGGCCGUCUGCGUGCCGUCGUCUUCCGUGAUGUGGAGGACAGCAAACAGGCCCAGUUUCUGGCGCUGGCUGUUGUCUACUUCAUCUCUGUGCUCAUGGUGUCGAAGUACCGUGACAUCCUGGAGCCGCAGCGCGAGAUGGGCCGACGCGACAGCCAGCGCAGCAAGGGCACGCGACCCGACCUCAACUCCCCCUCCAGCGCAGAUGCCGGUGCCCUGCGAGAGAUCACGGGCAGCAGCAGCGGAGGCAGCAGGGACGUCACGUCCCCCGCCGCCGAGUCCCGGCCGGAGCUGUGCAUUCCGCGCACAGACUCGGGCAUCGGCGACGAUCAACCGGGCAGCGCGCCCAGCCUGCUCACCUCCCCCGAGCAGCCGGACUCCGGCAACAACAACAACAACGGCGGCGGCGGACACGGCGGCGGAGGAAACGGCGGCAACGGCGCCGUGGCGACGAGCGGCAGCGCGGCGGCCACGUCGGCCGGCUCGGACGCCGUCAGCCAGCUGCUGUGCAGCCUCUCGGGGGAGGUGAGGCGGCCGCCCCCCGCGCCCUGCGCCGACGAGGCCACCAGCAACGGCACGGGCAGCGGGCCCGCGUACGCCCCCGGCUCCCAGCACGGCGCCCAGGGGCUCGCGCAGCAGGCCGCCGUCGCCGCGCCGCAGGUGACCGUCGGCGCGGGCGCGGCGCCGGGCGGCGGGAUGCCGGCGGGCGGCCCUCCGCAGGGGAAGGGCGUCAGCGUGAAGGACAUCCUGCGCAGCCUGGUGGCGGCGCCGACCGGGGAGCUGGUGGGACCCGCGGAGCCGGCGCCCAGCUGCGAGGUGGUGGAGCCGCGCUUCAUGCUGCCCAUGCAGUUCCACUCGUUCGACAGGAGUGUUGUGGUCCCAGCCAAGAAGGGCAGCUCUGGGGGGCUCGUGUCCACCACCGGGGAGCUGCUGGUGGAGGGGGCUCCGGGCAGCGCCGCUUCUGGAUUCGCCAGCACCAUCUCGGCGGCGUCCCAGCGUGCCAUGAUCAACACCACCGGAGAGGUGGCCCCAGCCCCAGCUCCACCCACCUCCAGCUUUGUGAACGGAGCGACGAGUCGGAACCUGCCCGCGGUGCAGACGGUGGCGCCGCUCCCAGAGGACUCCAUGGAGAACACCAGCAUCACGACCAAGCUGGAGCGUGCGCUGGAGAAGGUGGCUCCUCUGCUGCGCGAGAUCUUCGUGGACUUCGCCCAAUUUUUGUCGCGCACGUUACUGGGCAGCCAUGGCCAGGAGCUGCUCAUUGAAGGUCUGGUGUGCAUGAAGUCCAGCACGUCUGUGGUAGAGCUCGUGAUGCUGCUUUGCUCCCAGGAAUGGCAGAACUCCAUCCAGAAAAAUGCCGGCCUGGCGUUCAUCGAGCUCAUCAACGAGGGACGGCUGCUGUGCCACGCGAUGAAGGACCACAUCGUGCGCGUGGCCAACGAGGCCGAGUUCAUCCUCAACAGACAGCGCGCCGAGGACGUGCACAAGCACGCGGAGUUUGAGUCGCUAUGCGCCCAGUACGCAGCGGAGCGGCGGGACGAGGAGAAGAUGUGCGACCACCUCAUCGGUGCUGCCAAGCACCGCGACCACGUCACGGCGAACCAGCUCAAGCAGAAGAUCGUCAACAUCCUGACCAACAAGCACGGCGCGUGGGGCAACGCCACGGCCAGCCGCCUGCAAGAGUUCUGGAGGCUCGACUACUGGGAGGACGACCUGCGCAGACGCCGGCGCUUCGUGAGAAACCCCUUCGGCUCGGCGCACUCCGACGCCACCCUGCGAGCGGCCAUCGAGCACGGAGCGGACGAGGAUGUGAUCAAGCAGGCCCGCAAGGCCUUCCGCGCCCAAGCCCUCGCCAACCAAAACUCAGAGAGCGAACUCCUCUUGGAGGGAGAGGACGAUGCCCUCAGCCUCAUGGAGGAGAAGGAACUCGACAGCAUGACCGGACCAGUUGUGAUCAGCACUCCCGCCCAGCUGGUGGCACCGGGGCUGGUUGCCAAGGGGACGCUCUCCAUCACGGCCACGGAGAUGUUCUUCGAGGUGGACGAGGAGGACCCGGCCUUCAAAAAGCUCAACCCCAAGGUGCUGGCCUACACAGAAGGGCUGCACGGAAAGUGGAUGUUCAGUGAGAUUCGGGCAGUCUUCUCACGUCGAUGCCUCUUGCAGAACUCGGCGCUAGAGAUCUUCAUGGCAAACAGGACCUCGGUGAUGUUCAACUUCCCAGACCACGCAACGGUCAAAAAGGUGGUGUACAGCCUGCCACGUGUUGGAGUGGGUACCAGCUAUGGCCUCCCUCAAGCCAGGAGGAUCUCGCUUGCUAGCCCCAGGCAGCUCUUCAAGUCGUCCAACAUGACGCAGCGUUGGCAAAGGAGAGAAAUCUCAAACUUUGAGUACCUCAUAUUUCUCAACACUAUUGCUGGCCGUACGUACAAUGACCUCAACCAAUACCCAGUCUUCCCCUGGGUCAUAACCAACUACGAGUCCGAGGAGCUGGACCUCACACUGCCCAGCAACUUCCGUGACCUCUCUAAGCCGGUGGGAGCCCUGAACCCAAAGCGUGCCGCUUUUUUUGUGGAGCGCUACGAGAGCUGGGAGGACGAGCAGGUGCCGCCCUUCCACUAUGGCUCGCACUACUCCACGGCCGGCUUCACGCUCACCUGGCUGCUAAGGAUCGAGCCCUUCACCACCUUCUUUCUCAACAUGCAAGGAGGAAAGUUCGACCACUCCGACCGCACGUUCUCCUCCAUCAUCCGUGCCUGGCAGAACUGCCAGAGAGACACCUCCGACGUCAAGGAGCUGAUCCCCGAGUUCUACUACCUGCCCGAGAUGUUUGUGAACAGCAAUGGCUACACCCUGGGCGUGCUGUCGGACGGCACGCCGGUGUGCGACGUGCUGCUCCCACCCUGGGCCAAGACGCCAGAGGACUUCGUCCGCAUCAACCGCAUGGCGCUAGAGAGCGAGUUCGUGUCGUGCCAGCUGCACCAGUGGAUCGACCUGGUGUUCGGCUACAAGCAGCGCGGACCCGAGGCCGUGCGAGCCCUCAACGUCUUCUACUACCUGACGUACGAGGGCGCCGUGAGCCUCGACGCCAUCACCGACUCGCUAAACCGCGAGGCCAUAGAGUCUCAGAUCCGGAACUUCGGGCAGACGCCAUCACAGCUGCUCAUCGAGCCUCAUUCGCCUCGCAGCUCUGCCAUGCAUCUGUGUUUCCUCCCGCAGAGCCCGCUGAUGUUUAAGGACCAGAUGCAGCAGGACGUCAUCAUGGUGCUCAAAUUCCCCUCCAACUCGCCCGUCACUCACGUCGCCGCCAACACGCUCUCGCACCUCGCGCUGCCCGCCGUCGUCACAGUCACCUGCAGCCGGGUCUUCGCCAUCAACCGCUGGCACAACACGCUCGGUCUGCGCGGAGCCCCAGGCUACUCCAUCGAGCAGUCCCACCAUCUCCCCAUAGAAAUGGACCCUUUGAUCGCGGCGAACACGGGCUUACAUCGGCGGCAGAUCACUGACCUGGUGGACCAGAGCAUCCAGAUCAACGCCCACUGCUUCGUGGUGACGGCCGACAACCGCUACAUCCUCGCCUGUGGCUUCUGGGACAAGAGCUUCCGGGUCUACUCCACGGACUCGGGCAAGCUGACGCAGGUGGUGUUCGGGCACUGGGACGUGGUGACGUGCCUGGCGCGCUCUGAGUCCUACAUUGGCGGCGACUGCUACAUCGUGUCGGGCUCACGGGACGCCACGCUGCUGCUGUGGUAUUGGAGCGGCCGCCACCACAUCAUCGGGGACAACCCCAAUAACAGCGAUUACCCCACACCGCGAGCCAUCCUCACGGGCCACGACUGCGAGGUGACGUGCGUUGCCGUUUGUGCCGAGCUCGGCCUGGUCAUCAGCGGCGCUAAAGAGGGCCCCUGCCUGGUGCACACCAUCACGGGGGACCUGCUGCGGGCCUUGGAGGGCCCGGAGGCUUGCCGCUUCCCACGCCUCAUCUCCGUCUCGAGCGAGGGCCACUGCGUCAUCUACUACGAGCGAGGCCGCUUCUGCAACUUCAGCAUCAACGGCAAGGAGCUGGGACACAUGGACAUCAGCGACGCCACCAAGGCAAUGCUGAUGAGCAGCGACGGGCAGUACUUGGUGAUGGGCGGCGAGAGCGGCGUGGUGGAGGUGUGGCGCGCGUGCGACCUCAAGCAGCUCUACAUCUACCCCGGCUGCGACGCAGGCAUCCGGGCUCUCGACAUCUCUCACGACCAAAGGACUCUGAUAACAGGCAUGGCUUCUGGCAGCAUAGUGGCAUUCAACAUUGACUUUAACCGGUGGCACCUGGAAUACCAAAACCGGUACUGAACGGAGCACAUGGCUAAUUCCCACCCACCCACCCACCUGCUCGCGAGCUCCCCGGCCAGCCCUCUUCCAUGUGCAAAACUAGCGACAAUGAGGAUGCCUCUGUGAGAUUAGCCUGUGAGGCACCGCUGUGCAUUGCCCUCCCUCAGAGGAGUAUAAAUACCUGAGCAAUAGCAAUGGUUGAUGUGAGAACGUUAACUUAAGACUGUUGUUGAGCCAAGUAUUCCUGAUCACGCUGUACAUGAAAAACAAAAACGAGUAAAAAAAAGGUCAUAGUUUAUCGUGAAGCACUGCAAGAUACAUGUCAAUUAAUUAGGGACACUAGCUUAUAUUUAAAACAGUUGCAACAAUUGCAUUAAUGAAAUAUAGUAUUUAAAGACAAAACUAAAAAUUCCACAAUUGUAUGAUCAAUGUUUUUGACGUUAAAAUUUAUAAAUAAAUUAAAUGAUCACGGAUGGAACACGAUUUCUGAUUUACUCAGUUGUUUAAAAAUCACGAAUUAAGAUUGUAAACUUAUGAACUAUAAAAAGCGAUGAAUUUUUUGUCUGUUCUCUCGAUGAUUUGCCACUCCAGAAUUCAAUGUUAUCACAAAACCAUGAUGCUGCAUGUCGCAGCCAAACACUAAUGCCCUUCCCUGGACUUCUGCGAGUUCAAGGGCCCAUUUAAUUUAGAAUGGGCAUUGAGACCCAUCCUUGUGUACUGCCACUACUCUUAUGAAACAUGUACCCUGGCAUACUACGGUAAAGCAUAAUAUAUUUUACAGAGAUACUUUAAUGUUAGUGGUUCUAUGGUUUAAACCGUGGUGUUCUAUGGUUUAAAAAUACAUGGUAAACCAUAGUAUUAGCAUAGUUAAUUUUAGCAAUUGCACAAUAGUACCAUGGUGUACAAUGACCAAAACGCCACUGUAAAAUGUUUAUGGUUACUGUAGUAAACCUGCUUUUAUUUUUAUAAGGGCAGGAAAAUUAUGGGUUAACUUAUUUUUGUCCUGCAGCAUUUCAUAUGGUUAGCCCCUUGUGUUGUUUCAUUCAUCUUGUAGACGUCUGUAUUUUAAGGAGCAUGGAUCAUUUAAUAUAAUAUCCUGUUUGUUGUGAUCAUUGAGAAGGUGGCUCUUAAGUGUUGGCUGUAUAUUUCAGUAUGAUGCAGGAGGGUCUUCUGAAACAUAUCAUGUGUAUUUCUUUUUGUUUGUAGAUUGUCAAAAUCGAAUAAAGUCAUAUAAAGAAAA